GCAAUGGACAAUGGGUUGGAUAGGCGAUUCCUUGAUUCCCCUGGCUCCAUGACGAAAGACAAGGUGCUUGAUGGCGGUGGUCAUGCGCAUACUGAUCCCUUGUGUGAGCCUCUCAGAUGUGCGGAACGGUGUGGAGAGAUGGACGAGUGGUUCAGCUACCUUCGAUUUCUCUAAUUAUAGAAAGGCGGCGACGGUGGGGCUAAUGGCAACCUUGAAGACACCGCUAUUCUCAGGUACUCCACGCCUAUGGCCGAUGUCUCCUGUGCCCAGCACUCCCUUGUGUGUUAAUCGGCUCCUCACGGAUGACAAUGCUGCGUGUAGUGGGCAGCGUAAAAAUUGCCCGAACCAGAGGAGUGUUUCGACAUAGUUGUCCGCUUUCUAUUUUUAACACUCCAGCAGAACCACCUAUCACCUUGCUGCUGGUCGCUUGCUCCAGACAUGUCCUGCGGCACGUACAGUCUCUGUGGAGAGGUGCUGGGAUGGAGCUCUGGAGGGAGGAAUUGGCCAGGCAUGGCUACCCAAUUACCUGCAUCAGCAUUGCGCUCGUUCCCCCUCCCUCCAGCCCACGCUGCCCCUUAUGCUUGCCGCCAUCUGCCCAAAACAUCAGCGACAGAGGCAGGAAAAACGGACACUGUGCCUUGUUUCCGGAAAUCAGCUCAGGCGCCAAAUUGUGCGAGGAAAAAGGCGCCCGCAUCUCGAACAACAGCCAAAAGAAUUUAUUCAGCAGGCUGCGGGGCAAAAAUAGACACUGGCUUUCGGGCACGAGGGGUGGGCUGGCAACCUGCAUCUGCAACAAAACGGGGUGAGGUUGGGUGGAAAAUAGGUCGCCCGUUGUGGUGGUAGGUGCAGAUGAAGAAAACCCACUGCUGGACUCAUGAUGUAGGCAAAAA